CGCUCUUGAGUAAACAGGAAUGGCUGCGUGCAGAGCGCUGCGGUUCGUCCUCAGUCGGAGCCUGAGCAGGUCCCGGUGUUCCCCGGGACACAGACGUCUCUCAGCGCAGAGCCUUGCUGUUACGUCCCAGUCUGAUACAGGCUGUUCGGCAUGUUUGGUAACUGAGAAUAGACAUGAAGCUGUCUGGAGAAACUGUAAGAGAGGAAGAGGAGGAGAAGGAGAAGGAGGAGGAGGAGAAGGAGAAGGAGGAACAGGAACGGGAGUUAUCUGGGCUGCUGUGGCCUUUUCCCUGUUCGGCAGCAGCAAUGAGGACCAGCGAACUGAAGCUCAGCGGAAGGAGGACGACAUGAUCCUGCUGCUGAAGAAGGCCAAGCUCAGUAUACAUCGCGGGCAGCUGCCGGCCGCCACGUCCUUCCUCCAUCAAGCCGUGGUUCUGGCUCAUCAGACCCACAACAACCAGGCCAUCAUCUACACCUACAGCCAGAUGGCAAACCUGGCCUACGUUCAGGGUCAACUCGACAGUGCAGAGAAACUUUUCAAAGCUUCCAUGAGCUUCAUUCUGGCAGGAGGAACUCCAGAGGACGACAAUGCCGUCAUCGAGAUGUCCCUGAAACUGGCCACCAUCUAUGCAGAGCAGAACAAGGUGGAGCUCGCAGAGCACGGUUUUAAGUUCUGUACAGAAUCUCUGGAAGCCAAACUGGAGAAAUACAAGGAGCUGCAAGAGGACGAGAAGACAGAGGAACAGGAAGUUCUGAGGAAGGACACCCACCUCCUGCUGGGUCUGUGUUUGGACUCUCGAGCUCGGUACCAAGCGUCCAAGCUGCGUCUGAGCCAGGCGGGGCAGGAUUACCGCCGGGCCCUGGACAUCUGCCGACAGGAGCAGGGAGAAACACACCCCCAGACGCUGGUCCUGAUGAGUGACCUGGCCACCAUCCUGGACCUGCAGGGUAGUCAUGACGAUGCUCUGGUUCUGAUCCAGCAGGCGGUGGCCCUCAGUCAGUCUGCAGGACACCCAGAGCAGCACGUGCUGCUGGGAAACCUGGCAGGCAUCCUGCUGCACACAGGUCGGGUGGAGGACUCGGUCCGGUUCUACAAGCAGGCUCUGGAUCUGGCCCGGCAGUCGGGGGACCAGGAGGCCGUGGACCGGAUCCAGGAGGGUCUGCAGGAGGUGAAGAAGAGGAACCAGGAGGAGAAGCAGGAGCCUGCACAGUGACGGGACAGUGGAGGUCCAGGGUCCGGGGUCGUCCGGAUCAGCUGGUCCUGUUUAUUUGUACAGCGCCACUUCAUAACCAAUAUUGUCUGAAGGCACUUUACAGAAAUGAAUAAAGACCAAUUAAAUCCA